UUGAGUAACUGGAGUUUUAGCCAGUGAGGGAAGCGUGACUUGGUGUAUGGGAAUAACAGAGUGUGUUUUUCAAAGUUGGAGUUAGGUAUGGUUUACGCGCAUGGAGAGAUGGACCUGCGGUGGACCCUUUUCACUUUACUGUUAAACCUGCAGUUGUCUCACGGGUCUCCCUCGUCUUAUGACCUGUUUCAAGGGUCUGCAUACACUGGAGCGGUUCACAGACACAGAAACAGGAACUGGUGCGCUUAUGUGGUGCAGAAAAACGUGAGCUGUGCAGUGCAGGGGAGUGUGGAGAGCUUCCAGGAGCCCGUAGUGGCCCCCUGCCCAGCAUACCAACAAGACUGCCAGCAACAAGUGACAUACCAAACUCGGUUUCGACCUACAUACAAGAUUGCCUACAAGACAGUAACAGAUUUAGAAUGGAGAUGUUGUCCUGGUUUCCAAGGUCCAGACUGUAGAGAUCUGAAAUCACCUCCAAAUCGCCAAGCAGUGCAGGGAACACAGCCUUACCACCCCCCAAAUCCUGCACAUACGCCCAGACACACACAGAGACCAGAGCGCAGAGAGACAGGUCACCAGGAAACAAGGCAUGGAGGGCCCGAUAAGGUGCGUCUUCUGGAGGGUGAAGUGCAGCGUCUGUCUCAAACAGUCCUGGAUCUCCAAUCAGCUUUGACAGGCUUAACGUCCAACCUUCGCACAGACCUGCAGGAAGACACAAAGAAGAUGCUGAUGACACUUCUCAACAACAUGCGUCCACCUGACACCGCCACACCUAGUGAUCCAGAGGAAAGCCCAGCAGUGCUAGAUGGUCAUCAGGCUACCAGAGGAGGGGCCUCUGGAGACAAAGCCAUAGAAAAAAUUGUAGCCAGGUUGGAUGAUAUCAACAAUGCACUGAAAAGUAAGGACGAAGCUUUGGAUGACCUAAGAGGAGCUGUAACAAGUCACGAGGGGCAGAUCCGUAUCCUGAUGGAUGCCUCACAGACACAAACUCCAGCCAUAGCAGAGCUUGAUGUCAUACAGUCCUACAUUGAUGGGAAAUUCGACAAGUUGAAGAAGGAGCUGGACCAGAAUAUUGAAGAACAGGUGGCUAAGCUACAAAGCUCAUGCACUGACGCAGUGCAGAACGUGCAGAAAACUUGUAAUGACCAAGCUGUCAGUCUAACCAAGCUGGUGAAUGCCAAGGAGGCUGAUCUGAGAAAAGAAAUCAGGGCGCUACGUCUGGAAAUGGCUGCUGCAGAUGGACCUGUACGAACUCAAAGGCAAACAGAAGAUGAGGAUCACAGUGACCACAAAGACCUAUGGCGUGAGAUCGAUCGCAUCGCAGAGGCUCACCGCAUCCUCAAUGUCCGGAUCGAUAAUGAACUGGCACACCUGUCCACACCUCCAGGAGAGAGUGAUUUCAGCCCACUGAUUGAGGAGCUGGAGGCACGUAUUAAUAUCACAGAACAAAAUGCAGAGACCCAUUGUUUCUACAUCGAAGAGAAGUUGACCCGUAUGAUUGUGGACGAAGUGGCAGCACUUCGGCAGCUUCUGGACGAGCGUGUGAACGGCAUGGAAGACCAGUUUACCAACACGCUGGUGGAGAUGAGCAACCACUCAUUCCCUGGUAUGUUUGGUGACUCCGUGGAUUCCAUUCAGAGCGAAGUCAACAACAACAAAUUCCUUCUACAAGGUUUGGAUGAUAAAAUCAAUGCAGUUGGAGAACUUUGCUCUGCAGGGUGCUCAAGUUCAGGAGUUACUGUAGAUGCAGGUGAGUCAUCUGCAGCAUCAAACAUCCUCCAAAUCAUCCAGAAGGACCUGAGGCGAUACAGAAAUGACUUGGAUGUUCUUAACACAGAUGUCAAUGUCAGCAAAGGUAAGCUCAGACAACUAGAGGCCCUUGUUCAAAGUCAGUCAGCUGGAAAUGAGAGACAAGCUAAAACGAUUCAGGACUUCCAGAAAGGACUGAUUAAUCUCCAAGACAAUGUGCGUGGUCUGGCUGGUGCUGUUACUGGGUUAAGUGAUUCCCUGAGCAAAUACAACCAGGAUAUGCGCAAAUUGAACUCAACAUGCUGCCAGGCAGAGCAGAGAGGCAGUGGCAGUCCAGUACGAGACUAUGGAACUUCAGUACCUCAGGUGGACGCAAUCACUCAUCAGGUGAACGAGUUAAGAAACAGACUUGAUACAGUCAGCGAACAGGUGUCAUCUGAACUGAAACAAUGUCGACAAAACACUGAGGGUGUAUCUGAAGACAUGUCUGCUGUGAAUGGACGUGUGUCCAGACUUGAAAAGGUGUGUGGAAGGUUGGACGGGGUUUCUGCCAGUAUCAAAGAGAUCAAAGAUGGACUGGAGAGAAAUGUUGUCGGUCUGAGGGACUGUGUGCACAGGAUGAACAUCACCUGUGGAAAUCAUGGUGCAGACAUCACAACACUGCAGAAUUCCUUGCAGAGGGUCCAGACACAGCUGUCUGCAUUGGCCAAACACGUUUUGAAAGACGUCACCGCUAAGGAGCCAGGUAUGACCUUAAGACCAGAGAGGCCCUCUUCUCCACCUGAUUCACCCCGAAAAAGAAUACAACAAAUCCACAUCCCCCUCAUCAUCCCACCUGCGCCAUCCAGCCCCAGGCAGCCGUACAAUCCCAGCCAGUCCGGGCACCCCAACACCAACCGCAACAUCAACCCAUCACUGAAGCAGCCGUCCAGCCCCCAGCAGCCGGCCCACCCCAGCGUCCCCCUGGUCCCACUGAGGCCUGUGGUGGAGACCGGUGAGGCCGGACCCCCAGGCUACAUACGCAGGGUGACUGUGCGGAGGGGGUCUGAGGACUCGUCGAACAUGCCUGUUAAAGGCUUUGCUGGAGCGCCAGGUUAUCCUCCUCUACAGCCUGCAUCAUUCAAGCCUCAGUCGAGCAGACACCAAGGUUCUGAAACAGUAAAGACACCAUGGAACCAAAUGUACCAAGCUCCAGUUGCAUCACCAGUCUCUGUAGACAACAGCGCCCUUGCAGAUCCUUUCUCCUUCUCGGCCGGUCUCACCCAGCAGCCCUUCUCUGGAGACUUUGGCGUCAUCCGCUUCAACAGGGUUCUGAUCAACGAUGGCGGUCACUACAAUCCCCACACAGGGAUCUUCACUGUACCACUGGACGGUCGAUACCUGAUCUCCGGACUGCUGACCGCCAGGCAGGGUGACCGUGUGGAGGCCGUGCUGUCGGUGUCCAACCGCAGCGUCCAGAGGCUGCAGAGCUCGGCGGGGCCCGGGGCCGGUCAGCACGGCGGUCCGCCCGCCGGGACCUGCGGCUGCGGCGGCUCGGUGUCCUUCGGUCUGAUCCUCCCCCUCAGGAAAGGAGACCGCGUGGGCCUGGUGAGGACCAGAGGCCACCUGGCCACCACAGAUGCCAGGGAGAUCCUGUCCACCUUCAGCGCCAUCUUUCUGUACGCACCACAGGCCAACAGAUAGCUGCUGCUGCUGGAGGCAAA